CUGAUAUUUUCAAGGAAACCUUGUCUUUAUCAACUUUAUUAUGAUCGUCAGUAGACACGUUUGCUUUGGAAAUGUAAAAAAAAAAAACUCGGAGGAGGAGAGAGGUCCGCAGGGAGGCGUUAGUCUGUUUGGAGUAGACACCCCCAAGGGUGCUGUCAGGACAGCAAGCGAGCGAGCUGUCAGAAGACUUGAUCAGGUCUGGGAACCAAGCCGAAUAUUAAACGAUACGACCAAAAAAACCCAAAAAACUCUUCUAUCAAUUUGAACAAGUCGGAAUAGUGCGGAAAGUGGGAGUUAAAGACUGGUUUAUGUCAGAAGACCAUCGCCGCUGCUUCUGUCCAGUGUUCGCUAUGAAGCUGAUCACCGAGAAGGAAGGAUGAGCUCUAAUUUUGCUUUACCCAGACCUUUGAGGCGAUCUGGCAGUCUCCCUGCCUCGAGGACUAUUCGGAUAGUAGUCUUGGGACAAGGCGCGGUUGGAAAAACAGCCAUGACAGUUCGGUUCAUCACCAAGAGAUUCAUCGGGGAAUACGAUCCAACACUAGAAACUAUUUACAGACAUGAAGCUGCAAUAAGUGGAGAAGUUGUUCACUUUGAAAUCUUAGACACUGCUGGGCAGGAAGAAGAUGCCUUACUCAUAGAAGAAAAGAUUAAGUGGGGCGAUGGUUUUGUAAUCGUGUACUCUGUGACGGACAGAUGCAGCUUCGACGAGGUGAUGAGGCUGUGUUUCCUGGUCAACCACAUUCACUCCAACUCCAGGAAAGGGAGCAGCGACCCCCCGCCCAUCAUAAUCGUGGCCAAUAAGCGGGACCUGGAGUUCGACAGGAUGGUCACCACUGAGGACGGAGAGAACCUUUCCAAGACCCUCAAACAUCCAUUCUGUGAGGUUUCCACCAGGGACAGUUACGAGGAAACAGUGGUGGUCUUUCACACGCUUUACAGCGAAAUGAUGAAGCAGCUGAGCUCCUCUCCCACCUCCUUCCGCAGAAGAGCCGUUUCCAAACUGAUGGAUAAAAUCCCAAAGAUCCAUGCAAACUCCACGCUGGGGUCCACCGGCAGGAGCUUUAGUUUCAAUUCGUUUAGAGACUUCCUGCCUGAAUCUGCCAAGGUGAGAUGUGGCGGUUUAUCUUCACAAUGCGAGGGUGACAUCUUGAUAAGUGAACGGAGGCUGUUAAAGACUGUCUGUGCCUGAGUUUCAUUCAUCGCUUUGCCAUUUCUGCAGUUUAUGGUGACCUUUUUUUUUGUUGAAUGCUUUUCACGGAUCAGUCAAAGGGUGAGAACAUGGAGUAUAGUAGCUUUUAAACCAGUUUAACUGGUGCAGACCUGUGCUGAUGCUCUAUAACAAGAGGUGGUUCAGAUUAACACUUACAAGGUUACAAACCUGGAAACUGAAAAUGAAAAAAAAGAGAGAUUUGCAUUGAAUCACAGCUGAUGUACUGACAUUUAAGGCACACAGUGAGCAUGUACUGUAACAGAUUGUCCUUGUAAACUCCAUGUUCUUACAUAGUUAUGUGCAAAAAUAUAUAUGACCUCCUGCAUGACGCUAUCCUGAAUUAGAGUUUCCUUGAAGGGACUGGUUAUUAAACUUGUUAGCUUGUGAUAAAAAAAAAUAUUGUAGUAUUGGGUAUAAAGAUGCAUGCAGCAUGCAAAAUGCAAUGCAAGUAGCAGGGCCGUCAUUUCAGAAAAAUGAUCCGCCUGCUAUAGCAAAUGACACCCCUGCAAGUAGGUGAUAGAAACCUUUAUUAUUACAUAUAGUCCUAUACUGUGUUAUGCACAUUAACUGAACACUUGACUUGGCAUGUUGUUUUAUGUGUAUAAAUAAGUGUUACAUUCAAGUCUGGAAGGGCCCACAAUAAGGACCUGCACCAGGGCCUGUCUAUCUCUUCUUCCGCCACUGGGAUUAGCAGCCUAAAACCACCAAGAGAAAUGUUAUUGUGUGAUAAUAUGAAAAGUCAAAUACUUUGCUCGCAACCUGCUUCCAGGAAAAACUAGGCCAUAUUGUCUGCUUGAUUGAGAAUGUGAUGAACACGCAGACCAAGAAUAAGUAAGGCUCUUUCAAUUUUGAGGUAGUCAAUGAAAAUAUUUGUAAUGGUUUAAAUUAUGUUUCUUAAUAUAUUUUUUAAAUAAGAAAAUAAUAAUUAGAAACUGUAAUAGGUUACAACUACAUUGUUGAUAUUUAAUUUCAUUUACCAGACAAAUACUGGGAUGGAUUUCAUAAUAUUGACAUAUUUACUUUUCUUUUGGUCUGAACCA